GUGCGGCUCUCGCGUCCUCCGCCGCGGGCCGCGGCAGCCAUGCCGGACAGCUGGGACAAGGACGUUUACCCCGAGCCCCCGCGCCGCACGCCGGCGCCCUCGCCGCAGACCUCGCUGCCCAAUCCCAUCGUCUACUUGACCAAAGCCUUCGACCUUGUCGUGGACCGGCCCGUGACCCUCGUGAGAGAGUUUAUAGAGCAGCAGCACGCAAAGAACAGGUAUUACUACUACCACCGGCAGUACCGCCGCGUGCCGGACAUCACUGAAUGCAAGGAGAAGGACGUGUUGUGCAUGUUUGAAGCCGAAAUGCAAUGGAGAAGAGACUACAAAGUCGAUCAAGAAAUUGUCAAUAUUAUCCAGGAGAGGCUUAAAGCCUGUCAGCAGAGGGAAGGCGAGAGCUACAGGCAGAACUGUGCCAAGGAGCUGGAGCAGUUCACCCAGGUGGCCAAGGCCUACCAGGAUCGUUAUCAAGACCUGGGGGCCCAUCAGUCUGCCAGGAAGUGCCUGGCAAAGCAGAAGCAGAGGAUGAUGGCCGAGAGGAAAACUGCGAAAGAGUCUGCUGCUGCCUAGCUGUGGAGCCCCCUCCCUGACUGCCACUAUAUUCCUUAAAUAAAACAAUACGUAACCUGC